GCCUCGACGCGCCCAGCUGCUGACGCGCGGAGCGGAACAAGUCGGGCGGGCGCUGCCGAGCCGUGUGCUUCCGCGGGUUGCGGGGUCGCUGGAGCCUCGUGGCGGGGCGGCUCCGCGGGGCUUCACGCGCCCCCUCACCUCGCCGUGCUCUCUCGCGGCGCCCGGCGGGGCCCGCGCUGCAGCCUGAGACGCUGGGAAAGGUGAAAAACUGAAUGUCAUCAUGUCUGGAAUCAAGCGAACCAUCAAAGAAACUGACCCUGAUUACGAGGAUGUAUCUGUGGCCCUUCCAAAUAAGCGGCAUAAAGCAAUUGAGAAUUCAGCUCGAGAUGCUGCUGUGCAGAAGAUUGAAACUAUUAUCAAGGAACAGUUUGCUCUUGAAAUGAAGAAUAAGGAACAUGAAAUUGAAGUCAUUGACCAGCGACUGAUUGAAGCAAGAAGAAUGAUGGAUAAACUCCGUGCCUGCAUUGUAGCAAACUACUAUGCUUCUGCAGGUCUUCUAAAAGUUUCUGAGGGAUCAAAGACAUGUGAUACAAUGGUUUUUAAUCAUCCCGCUAUCAAGAAAUUUUUGGAAUCACCGUCUAGAUCAUCAUCUCCUGCCAAUCAGAGAGCAGAAACACCAUCAGCCAAUCAUUCAGAAAGUGAUUCUUUAUCUCAGCACAAUGACUUCUUAUCUGACAAAGAUAAUAACAGCAACAUGGAUAUAGAGGAAAGACUCUCAAACAACAUGGAGCAGAGACCAAGCCGAAAUCCCGGAAGGGAUACUUCUAGUGUCACUGGCUCCCAUAAAACAGAACAGCGGAAUGCCGAUCUCACAGGAGAUGAGACUUCACGACUUUUUGUAAAGAAAACAAUAGUAGUGGGCAAUGUGUCUAAGUAUAUACCUCCGGAUAAGAGGGAAGAAAAUGACCAGUCAACUCAUAAGUGGAUGGUAUAUGUCCGAGGGUCUCGUAGAGAACCCAGCAUUAAUCAUUUUGUCAAGAAAGUUUGGUUCUUCCUACAUCCCAGCUAUAAACCAAAUGACCUUGUGGAAGUUAGAGAACCUCCUUUCCACCUGACCAGAAGAGGCUGGGGUGAAUUUCCCGUCAGAGUUCAAGUUCACUUUAAGGACAGCCAGAACAAGCGGAUAGAUAUCAUACAUAAUCUGAAGCUGGAUAGAACUUACACUGGCUUGCAGACUCUUGGAGCAGAGACGGUAGUGGAUGUUGAACUCCAUCGCUAUUCUCUUGGAGAAGAUCAUGUAUAUCCUCAGUCCUCGGAGUCUGACAUCUCUGAUGCCCCUCCGUCUUUGCCUUUGACCAUUCCAGCCCCAGUGAAAGCUUCUUCGCCAAUAAAGCAGGCACAUGAGCCAAUACCCGAUACCUCCGUGGAGAAAGCAGGAUUCCCAGCUAGCACUGAAGCCGAACGACACACUCCAUUUUAUUCUUUGCCAUCUUCAUUGGAAAGAACACCCACCAAAAUGACAACAUCCCAGAAAGUUACCUUUUGUUCUCAUGGCAAUUCAGCUUUCCAGCCAAUUGCAUCAAGCUGCAAAAUUGUGCCACAAAGUCAGGUUCCUAAUCCUGAGUCACCUGGAAAGUCCUUCCAGCCCAUCACCAUGAGCUGCAAGAUUGUCUCAGGUUCCCCAAUAUCAACUCCAAGCCCAUCACCAUUGCCUCGAACCCCGACUUCCACUCCAGUCCAUGUGAAGCAAGGCACUGCCGGCUCUGUUAUUAGUAAUCCUUAUGUUAUGGACAAGCAGCCUGGUCAGGUUAUUGGAGCCACCACUUCAGGUACAGGAAGCCCUACAAACAAGAUCUCCACGGCUUCUCAGGUCUCCCAAGGAACAAGUUCCCCUGUUCCUAAAAUUCAUGGAAGUAGUUUUGUAACAUCUGCUGUCAAGCAGGAGGAUUCUUUGUUUGCAUCUAUGCCACCACUUUGUCCAAUUGGAAGUCACCCUAAGGUUCAAAGCCCCAAACCUAUAACAGGAGGACUUGGAGCUUUCACAAAAGUGAUCAUCAAACAGGAACCUGGUGAAGCCCCUCACGUGCCUGCAACAGGAGCUGCCAGCCAGUCACCACUCCCGCAGUAUGUGACUGUGAAAGGGGGCCACAUGAUAGCUGUGUCCCCUCAAAAACAGGUCAUAACUACUGGAGAAGGGAUUGCCCAGUCAACAAAGGUUCAGCCCUCCAAGGUUGUUGGAGUACCGGUUGGGUCUGCUUUACCUUCAACAGUGAAGCAGGCUGUGGCGAUCAGUGGUGGCCAGAUCUUGGUAGCCAAGGCCAGCUCCUCUGUCUCCAAAGCAGUUGGUCCAAAGCAAGUUGUGACCCAAGGAGUUGCCAAAGCAAUUGUGAGUGGAGGUGGAGGAACAAUUGUUGCUCAGCCAGUGCAGACCUUAACCAAGGCUCAGGUCACUGCCGCCGGUCCUCAGAAGAGUGGAUCCCAGGGUUCAGUAAUGGCAACGUUGCAGCUGCCAGCCACUAAUUUGGCCAACUUGGCAAAUUUACCUCCUGGCACUAAACUCUACCUAACUACAAACAGCAAGAACCCUUCAGGAAAAGGAAAGCUGCUGCUGAUCCCUCAAGGAGCCAUCCUGCGGGCUACGAACAGUGCUAAUCUCCAGUCUGGCUCAACUGCCAGUGCGGGGAGUGGUACCGGAGGAGGAGGAGGAAGUGGAGGCGGUGGCAGUGGUGGAGGCAGCAGUGGAGGAGGAGGAGCAGGAGGAGCAGGAGGAGCAGGAGGAGGAACUCAGGGCACCACCGGCCCUGGAGGAAUAGCUCAGCACCUGACCUACACAUCUUACAUCCUCAAGCAAACUCCCCAGGGCACAUUUUUAGUUGGCCAGCCAUCACCCCAGACUUCUGGAAAACAACUCACCACUGGGUCAGUGGUCCAAGGCACACUAGGAGUUAGCACAUCUUCUGCACAAGGACAACAAACGCUGAAAGUCAUCUCCGGGCAGAAAACCACGUUGUUUACACAGGCAGCCCAUGGAGGACAGGCAUCUCUAAUGAAAAUAUCUGACAGCACCUUGAAGACUGUGCCAGCCACCUCGCAGCUCUCAAAGCCUGGAACCACAAUGCUGAGAGUGGCUGGAGGGGUCAUCACCACUGCCACUUCCCCGGCCGUGGCCCUCUCAGCAAACGGUCCUGCACAACAGUCUGAGGGAAUGGCUCCCAUGUCUUCAUCUACUGUCAGUUCUGUGACGAAAACUUCUGGGCAACCACAAGUGUGUGUGAGCCAGGCCACCGUGGGGACCUGCAAGGUUGCCACCCCCACCGUUGUCAGCACCACGUCCCUCGUGUCCACACCAAACCCCAUAUCUGGGAAAGCCACAGUGUCAGGAUUGUUAAAGAUUCAUUCCAGUCAGUCCAACCCUCAGCAGGCUGUCCUGACGAUUCCCAGCCAGCUCAAACCACUCAGCGUAAACACGUCUGGAGGGGUACAGACGAUCCUGAUGCCUGUGAAUAAAGUGGUUCAGUCGUUUUCUGCCAGCAAGCCACCUGCCAUUCUGCCUGUAGCUGCCCCAGCUCCAGUUGUCCCCAGCUCUGCUCCAGCAGCUGUUGCGAAAGUGAAGACUGAACCAGAAACCCCUGGGCCAAGCUGCCUCUCUCAGGAGAGCCAGACAGCAGUGAAAACAGAAGAAAGCUCCGAGCUGGGAAACUAUGUCAUUAAGCUAGACCAUUUAGAGACUAUCCAGCAACUCUUAACAGCGGUAGUAAAGAAGAUUCCGUUAAUCACUGCAAAAAGUGAAGAUGCCAGCUGCUUUUCUGCAAAGUCUGUGGAGCAGUACUAUGGCUGGAACAUUGGAAAAAGGAGAGCCGCCGAGUGGCAAAGAGCAAUGACAAUGCGAAAAGUCUUACAAGAAAUCCUGGAGAAGAAUCCAAGAUUUCACCACCUGACUCCCCUCAAAACCAAGCACAUUGCUCACUGGUGCCGCUGCCAUGGCUACACCCCACCGGACCCCGAGAGCCUGAGGAGUGACGGGGACUCCAUUGAGGAUGUGCUGACCCAGAUCGACAGCGAGCCCGAGUGCCCGUCGUCAUUCUCCUCUGCUGACAGCCUCUGCCGCAAACUGGAGGACCUGCAGCAGUUCCAGAAAAGGGAGCCCGAGAAUGAGGAGGAGGUGGACAUCCUCAGCCUCUCCGGGCCAGUAAAGACAAACAUCAAGAAGGAGCAGGAGGAGAAGCAAGAGGAAGUCAAGUUCUUCCUGCCCCCAACCCCAGGGUCGGAAUUUAUUGGGGAUGUCACACAAAAGAUUGGGAUCACACUGCAGCCCGUGGCGCUCCACAAGAACGUGUAUGCAUCCGUGGUGGAGGACAUGAUCCUGAAGGCUACAGAACAGCUGGUGAAUGAUAUCCUGAGACAGGCCUUGGCAGUUGGAUACCAGACAGCUUCUCACAACAGGAUUCCCAAAGAAAUUACAGUGAGUAAUAUUCACCAGGCCAUUUGCAACAUUCCUUUUCUGGACUUCCUCACGAACAAACAUAUGGGAAUAUUGAAUGAGGACCAGUGAACGGAGUGAGGUGCCCCUGGAGAAGCAGGAUUUGAAGGCGCAGCGAUGCUGAGGACCUGCUGCUCGGGGCGGAGGGGGUUUCCGGCGCGCCUUGGGAUGUUACGGCUACCCAGCCAUUGCUGCCACCUCCUCCCGAUUUCCCGCAGCGUGCUCCCUCCAGACGAAGUCCUCCUAGGACAGGAGUUUGUUUUCUGAGUGUGGAGGGAAGCUGUGAGUGGAUACCUGCUUUGUUGGCCAGUGUUUCUGCCGACUCUGUAAAGGCCCCAUGAGAGCCGGGCCAGGCUGUGUGCCUCAGGUCCUCCCUGGGUGUGCUCAAGGGGGCUCCUUGGGCCCGCCUCCCCACGAGAUAGAAAAUGAGUGGCAGGCUGGAGAUGUCACCCAUUUUGUGGGCUGGAGUUAGCAGCAGCUCCAGCAGUUACCCUGAAGAGAGACUGAGCUUCAGCCAGCGAGUGGUUCUCUCCCCUGCCUGGCCUUGAUGUGAUGGGACUGUACUCAGCCCAAGCGAGUCAGCUACAGGAAGAGGCCAUACCUAGAGCAAAGAACCAUGGAGGCCCGAGAGACUGCAGACUGAGAAUUCCCUUUUGAGCACAGGAGCAUUACUAGAACCACUGUCAAAGCAGUGGCAAGGGACAGAGAGACCCCAGCAUGGGCCAGAAAGAGGUUUGAUUGAUUAUAACCAAGAAAGCUCUGACUAUGCUAGGAACACAGGGCAGCGUGCACCAGUCCCAGACACUUGGCAGAAGUGUAGCUGCGUGACGUGUGUGGAGCAGAUCGCAGGCUCCACACUGUCUGCACAGUCUGCAGGAGCUUCUGCUGCUGACCUCGUGCUGAGUGGGCAGUGGAGAACAGCCCCCCUGCUGGGGUCGCCUAUCUUAUCCAUGGAUCAUGUAUCCUCUUCUCUGUUUUCCCAAGAAGAAGAAAGUAUUUAAAAGAAACACCAGUGAGUGCCUUAAAGUUGGGGAAGUAACUGCCCAUACCCAGAAGCAGCGAGAUUAGGCUGUGUCCGGAAGCAAAGGUCCCCUUGAUGGGAGGGAGCAGCAGGCAGGGGAAGGAGGGAGCAGGUGGCGCUGCCCAGCGCCCAGGCCACUGGCGGUGCCCUGUCCCAGACUUCCUAACGCCCUGUGUGGAAGGGAGAAGAAAGGAUGCAUGCUCAGCCAGAAAUCUACUCCUGUUCCACUCAAGGAAAAUCAGAAACCUGUGAGUCAGAGUCAGAGAAGCUUAUCCAAGCAACAGAAUUCCUGUGUUCAUGGGUCCUGCAGAGGUUUGAGUCAGGUAGAUAGGGCAGGGAGUCACUGAAUAAAAUCUGCCUUUUAAAUUCAGCAUCUGGGCCGGGCAUGCUGGCUCACAGCUGUCAUCCCAGCACUUCGGGAGGCCGAGGCCGGAGUUUGAGACCAGCCUGACCAACGUGAUGAAACCCCAUCAUCUCUACUAAAAAUAAAAAAAUUAACCGGGUGUGGUGGCGGGCACCUGUAAUGCCAGCUACUCGGGAGGCUGAGGUAGGAGAAUCACUUGAACCCAGGAGGUGGAGGUUGUAGUGAGCCGAGAUGGCACCAUUGCACUCCAGCCUGGGGGACAGAGGGUGACCCCAUCUCAGAAAUAAGUAACUCAGCAUCUGAGGGCUGCAAGUGCAGAAGGAAUCUAUUCUCAGUAGGGCAUGGGGCACACACUGGCUUAACAGUGAACGGCUAUAAGCAAGGUUCAUAGGGAAGUGGGUAGAUUCCUUCUGCUAAGUGGACUGAGGGCCACAGGAUGGAGGGAGGAAGAUCGGAUGCAGAUGAGAACAGAUUUAUUACAGGUUUGAAAGCCUAAAGAAAUUAUCUUUUUGCAAAAGAAACAUUAAAUGAUUUAGCAGUCUCCACAUGUGUUAAUGUUUCAAAUGUUUAUCAUAAUGUGUAUAAUUGUGUAACAAAAUUGUCUACAAUAAAUCUUUUGGUAUUUGCGG